AUGCCUCACAAAAUGGAAGAAAUCAAGGACUUUCUUCUCACAGCCAGGCUAAAGGAUGCCAAAUCUGUCAAGUUCAAGAAAAAUAAAGAUAAUGUGAAGUUUAAAAUUGGAUACAGGAGAUACCUUUAUACAUUUGUCAUCACAGAUAAAGAGAAGGCAGGGAAACUAAAGCAGUCCUGUCCUCCAGGUCUGGCAGUGAAGGAGCUGAAAUGAACCUGGCAUGCUAAU